GCGCUGCGGGCUAUAAGCGCUGGCGGGAGCCCCGAGAGACUCAUUUGUCCUUGGCGGCAGGAGGAGGAGGAAGCGGGAGCGCGCGCGAGUGAAAGCGAGCGACACAGGUGCCAGGGGAGGCGGCGUUUGAGAGGAGGCCCCAGGUGCAACCUGAGACGUCGGGCGCGGCCGGCCGAGAGGGGGCUUGGUCUACCUGCGGAACCUGCUGAGCAGCUUGAGCGUCUUCGCGAGGGGAGAAAGGGCGCCGCGGAGCCUCGAGGAGAAGGCGCGUCGAAGCAGUGCUCCUCUUUAUUACUGUUUUACUAUUUUGCCUCCUUUGCCUACCUGUUCCUUCAACUUGCCCAGCGAUGGAGCUGCCCCGCGGGACCGUCUACCUGGCGCUGGCGAUGCUGGCGCUCGCCGCCACCGUGAACUGCAGUACGUAUCCGUCGAGGAAACCUCCUUCUCUUUCCCCCUUCCUUCUCUGCUGCUCCUUCCUCCGACUAUCCGCUCCUGUGAGGGGGUUUAAUGGCGCCUUGCCCGGAGAGAGCCCCUUCCGGAGCGAGGCGAGCCGUGCCCGCUCGCCACAAAAUGGCGCCCCGUCGGGGCGGGGAGGGAAGGGGCGAGGCGCUUCUUCUCACCGGGACAGAAAGAGCUUCGGUUUGCCUUCAGUGGGUGGCGGGGUGGGUGGGGGUUAGGGGACAAGGGCUGGGGGUGCACCUGGCUGCCCCCCGUCGAGGAUCCUGCUGCUUGGGAAAGAAGCUCCCUGGAGAGAGAGCGAGGGCCUCCGGGGAGAGUUGAGGGUGGCGGCCCGACCCAAGCGCGGUCCUCGGGGGACUUUUUCUUCAGAUUUUGACCCCACUGGAGUGUUAGGUCUACUCACCGAGAGUAGAUCCGUCGAAGUCAAGGGACGGAUUUGGAUCCUCUGGAAGUCUUAACUUAGCUAGGUACAACCCCGCGCCUCGAAGACGUCCCGUCCUGGAAACUAACUUUUUUUUUAAAAAAAAUGCUUUCAUUUCAGAAGGUUAUUAUUUUUAAAAAGGUGUGCUGAGAUGUGGGCAGUAUAUAGUAUUAGUGCGUGUCUCAGGUGAAGCAGCGCUUCAAUAUGGUUAUGCCGAUAUUCACUAUAACCUGUCUGAAGAAAUGGGAGGUAAGGCCAACUUGGGCUCAGCAGCUACAGGGUUCCUUUCUUGAAUGUCGUCGGAAUUUAUUUAUUUUGUGUCGUCUCUCAAGAUAAGAAAUUCCCUGUGCAGAAGAAUCUUUCUUCCCCUACCCCCCCCUCGACAUCUAAGCGUUGUCAGAGGUACUCUUCUUUCCAGGGACCGUUGCCUUUCAAACGUUGUCCGCCCCCCCCCACCGCCCCCCAGGUUUGCCUCGAAAGAACAGGAAUGAGGCUCAGCCUGUGACAUCACAAAGAGGAAGUAGUUUUAAAAUACAUAGCUGUUGAACUGCUAGGUGAUGUGCAGAGUUUGGCCUCACCACUAGGUGGAGUGAGGUGGCUGCCUGGGGGGGGGGCAGGUGAGAUGUUUGAGGAUAGGACUGUGUUUACUAUACAACCUGCCCUGCAACUCCCUACGGUUGUGGCUUAUGGGUGUGGUGGAGGACACUGACCCAUUGGCAAUGCUAGGUCCAGUUGGCCACUAUGUAGAAUGAUGGUGUCAUCUUAACCCUUCCUCUCGGACAGUAAAAUUUCCUGGAGCACCCCUGGUGUCGGAACCUUCUAGGGCUGUGAUAUUAACGGAUCAAUCACCUGAUUAACCAAAGCAGCCUUCUUUUUCCUCUCCUGCUGCUGUGUAUUCUAUGGGUGACUGAGCUGACGCUCAUCAGUGUUGGUUAUAUCUGCUGUCUGAUGGGAGUGCCAUCAAUAUGAUUGUUUUGUACAGUUUACAAGCCCAUGGGGUUAAAUGGGCUGCAAGGAGCUGUUGCAGCCAUUGCUGGGCACCUCUUCCAUCAGGAAGAGAAGAGGCUUCAUUGUUAUAGUUCUAAGAGCCCUGGAAAGAACAGGCUAGUAACUUUUGCUUUCCUUUUUAAUCUGUGUCAGCUCCUAUGUGACUCCUGAUGGUAAAUGGAAGCCCAUCCCUGAGGCCUUGAGCUGUUUUCAGAUUUCACAUUUCCUGGUAGCAGAAAUAAAGCAGAGCAGAGAUGUGACUUGCAAUUGAGACUACACCCAGGGUUAGGGGAGGUGCCUGAGAGCAAAUCUGGUCUUCUACUAGAGGAUAGACAAUAGUUGUAAAAUUUCUCUUGAAAAUGCCCAUGUGUUGUGACUCUUGCGGAAGGAGUGUUUCUUAGUAUGUCCCAAGUAGGUUUCUUUUAUAAAACCAUCUGUCACCAAUUUUCAAAGCCUCGGUUAAAAUUUGAAUAUUGGCAGCAUGAAUUAUUAAAAAUAUAGCAUCUCAUGUGUAGCUAGUAGAGCAUCUCACACUUUAUUUUUUUAAAAAAUAGGCAGUAGAUAUUUCCUUCCUGGAGAGAGAACCAAAUCCUUUAAAUGUGUGUAUUCAAAUUAUUCAACACGCAAGUCUUAAAAUUUUGUUUUAGAUUAGUGACUUCCUCCACUGAGUUCUUGAAUCUUUUUUUCUUUAGACUUUGAGAGGAAGCUGCCUUAUACAGAAUCAAGCCAUUGAGGCAUUCAGCUCUGUAGCGUCUACUCUGACUGGCAGCAGAUCUCCAGAGUUUCAGAUGGGACAUUCCCAGCCCUCUCUGGAGAUGCCAGGAAUUGAACCUGGGAUAUUUUACAUCCAAAGCACAUGCUCUGCCACUGAGCUAUAACCCUUUCCAGUGGAAAUUGCAGUCAUAGAAUUGUAGAGUUGGAAGGGUCACCCAACUCCCUGCAAUGCAGGAAUCUCAAAUAAAGCAUCCAUGACAGAUGACCAUCAACCUCUGCUUAAAAACAUUCAGGGGUAUCUAUUCCACUGUCGAACAGCUCUGUCGGAAAGUUCUUCCUGGUGUUUAGUCGGAAUCUCCUUUCUUGUAACUUGUAUCCAUUGGUUCAGUUUCUACCCUCCAGAGCAGGAGGAAACAAGCUUGUUCCCUCUUCCAUGAGACAGCUCUUGAGAUAUUUGAAGAUGGCUAUCAUAUCUCAUAGAAUCAUAGACUCAUGGAGUUGGAAGAGACCACAAGGGCCAUUGAGUCCAACCCCCUGCCAAGCAGGAAACACCAUCAGAGCACUCCUGACAUAUGGUUGUCAAGCCUCUGCUUAAAGACCUCCAAAGAAGGAGACUCCACCACACUCCUUGGCAGCAAAUUCCACUGUCGAACAGCUCUUAACUGUCAGGAAGUUCUUCCUAAUGUUUAGGUGGAAUCUUCUUUCUUGUAGUUUGGAUCCAUUGCUCCGUGUCCGCUUCUCUGGAGCAGCAGAAAACAACCUUUCUCCCUCCUCUAUGUGACAUCCUUUUAUAUAUUUGAACAUGGCUAUCAUAUCACCCCUUAACCUCCUCUUCUCCAGGCUAAACAUGCCCAGCUCCCUUAGCCGUUCCUCAUAAGGCAUCGUUUCCAGGCCUUUGACCAUUUUGGUUGCCCUCCUCUGGACAUGUUCCAGUUUGUCAGUUUGUCUCCUCUCAGUCUCCUCUUUCCCAGGCUAAACAUAGUCAGCUCCUUCAAGUGCUCCUCAUAAGGCUUAGUUUCCAGACCCUUAAUCAUCUUGGUUGACCUUCUCUGCACAUGUUCCAGCUUGUUAACAUCCUUCUUAAACUGUGGUGCCCAGAACUGGACACAGUAUUUCAAGUGUGGUCUGACUAAGGCAGAAUAGAGUGAUACUGUGACUUCCCUUGAUCUGGACACUAUACUUCUGUUGUUGCAGCCUAGAAUAGCAUUAGCUGUUAUGUUCCUGCAUCACACUGUUGACUCAGGUUAAGCUUGUGGUCCACCAAGACCUCUAGAUCCUUUUCACAUGUACUGCUAGUAACCCAGGUGCCCCCCAUUCUAUAUUUGUGCACCUGGUUCUUCCUUCCUAGGUGCAGAACCUUACAUUUGUCCUUAUUGAAAUUCAUUUUGUUAGCUUGCGCCCAGUUCUCCAAUCUGUUAAGGUCAUUUUGAAUUCCAAUUCUGUCUUCUGCGGCAUUAGGUACCCCUCCCAGUUUGGUGUCAUCUGCAAAUUUUUAUGAGCGUCCCCUCAAUUCCUUUAUCCAAAUCAUUUAUAAAGACACUGAACAACAACGUGCCCAGGACAGAACCCUGUGGUACCCCACUUGUCUCUUUUUUCCAGGAUGACAAGAAGCCAUUAAUGAGUACUCUUUGGGUUCAGUCAGUCAACCAGCUACAAAUCCACCUAACGGUUACCUCUUUCAUUCCACAUUUUGCCAGCUUCCUCACAAUAAUAUCAUGGGGGACUUUGUCAAAAGCCUUACUGAAAUCAAGAUACACUAUGUCCACAGCAUUUCCCUGAUCCACCAAGUUUGUAAUUCCAUCAAAAAAAGAAAUCAGAUUGGUCUGGCAUGACUUAUUUUUGAGAAGCCCAUGCUGGGUCUUGGUAAUCACAACAUCCUUUUCUGAAUGCUCACAGACCAACUAUUGAAUUAUCUGUUUUAGGACAUUCCCUGGUAUCUAUGUCAAGCUCACUGAUCAGUAGUAACCUGGGUCUUCCUUUCCCCCAUUUUUGAGGAUGGGGAUGACAUCUUCAAAAGCAGAAGACUCCCACUUUUGCUACUCCUAUCUAGCCAGUGGGAGCAACACACUGUAAUUUCUUAGUUAUUUCCAAACCAGGGUGGAUUUGAUUUAAAUGAAAUUGAUUUAAAUCACAAUUUAAAUCACUUGAUUUAAGUAAUUUUUAAUUUAAGUAAUUAAGUAAUUUAAGUAAGAUUUGAUUUAAAUCAUUUUUUUAGAGAAAGACAAUCUUGCUGGUAUAAUCUUAAUAUUUACAACCAGAUGAAGGUUUAAUUUUUGGAAUAAUAAACUUUCAAGGUAGUUUUUACAGUUAUAUAAAAAAAUUGCUGAUUUGGUUAUUCUACUAGAAAUACAUAGAAAGAUAAUUAUGAAAUUAUUGUGAGGUUUAAUAAGUUAACUAUUUAUAUUUGGACAACUUUUCUGCUGUACUUUGUUGGAAGGAGAAAAAUAAUCAUUUCCUUAAUAACAAUUUUAACAAUUUAUUUAACUAAAACAAUAAUAUUAUAGCAUAUGUAUCCAUGUUUGUAAACUGAUGUGGUUAGAGACUUGAUUGUUUGGACAAUGUCAGGUGAGCCCUGGGAAGAAGGGUCUGGAACCAGUGAACUCUUAUUAGUUGACUGGCAAGCACUUCAAGGUCUUGCCAUGGACUUACAGAUCCCAGUUAUUAUUUCCACCACUACCCCUUUGGAUUGGCUUCUACAUUCAGGUGCCUAUUCUGUACAGUUAAGUGUUAGUGCAGUUGUUGGAACCCAGUGGGAUUGGGAAGAGGUGGCUAGCCCUGAAGUGCCUUCAGCACUUGCCUCAAGUCUGAGUUGCACAGGCAUGCAACUGACUCGCACAAUUAUUACACAAAUAUCCCAAGACUUGUGGAGUAUUCUGCUCACAAGGUUACACUUUCAUUUUUACUGCUUCACACUUACUUGGGCAGAUCUAUUCCACUCCAAACAAUCUGUUCAUCGAACCUCUUGGAACUUAGCAUUUAAGAGGUACGGGGUUGAUUCUGUGUAUAUAAAUUUGCAAAGGAACAAUGGGAUUAAGGUUUUUUCCUUAACUUAAAUAGAAAUCUAUCUUUAGAAAGAUUUUUACUCCAAAAGCAUUUUAUUUAUAAAAAAUUCAAUUUAAAUAAAAAAGCCCAUUUAAAAAAAUCAUUACUUUUUAUCCACCCUGAUCCAAACUAGAGAUUGUGGUUUGUUCUUGAUGUUGUUUGAGCAAAACAAAACUCAUCUCUGGUUUGGAUGUAGCAUUGUUUGUUCCUGCUUGCUAGAAGGGAAUAGUAAAGCAGUGCUGUGUGCUGCUGUGUAGUCUACUGUGUGCUGAUGGUAAACAGUGUAAAUACUCUGAUAUGCAAACUGUACUGUUUUGAUAACAUUAUUACAAUGCACCAGAAGGAAGUAAUUUCAGAAAUAUUACAUAAACACAAGACACUUUUGGAAUGGGCCUCUUUUUAAGUUAAAAUUCAGUACACUGAAUUAAACCAUUUCUUCUUAAAAUGAUAACUUCAUCUGAGCUUUGAUUUCUGGUGUCAGUUGUUGGCUUUAUCUUGAGUGCUCAGAGAUCUACAGAGAGAGACUUUUUCUUCCUCCCUCAAAAGUGAAGACAUUUACUUGCCUAUUUGGUGCAUGGUACCUGACUGGUUUCCUUCCUAACUGAUACAUUUAAUUAUUACAGGUUGCUUAUGCCUGAACAACAAGCAUGUGGUAAACUGUACUUCAAUUAGCAGUACAUGCAGAUGCACAAGUUUUGGGUCCAAUGUCACAGUGGACUGUGGAACAUGUGAGUACAAUAACUCCUGGAUAACUUGCUUCAGUUUCAAAUAUGAGCUGUGAAGCCCUAGCAUUCCAGCAUAAUCAGACACUUGAAACUGAAAUGGUAACUUUAAAUGUGGUUCUUUGCGAUCUUAUUUUCAGUGUCUUCAAAAUGCCUGCUGAUGAAAGCAGAAAUAUACCGCAAAAACUCUGGCAGAAGUAUUAGACCACAACAUGCUAUUAGAGACAAUGAUGGCAUUUAUGAUCCAGAAUGUGAUGACAAUGGUAACUUCAAAGCUAAGCAGUGCAAUGGUACAGACACUUGCUGGUGUGUGAACUCAGCUGGAGUACGAAGAACUGACAAGGGGGGUAAAGACAUUAAAUGCGAUGAAGUAGUAAGGACAAGGUAAGCCUCCAAUGAAACUGCAUGUACCUUGAAAUAUAAAUAUUUGGUGCCAGGCAAAUAUAUAAACAUGCAGGUACAAAACAUUAAUGUUUUAUGUCACAGGUGGGCAACCAGCAAGCAACAUAUGUCCCUCAGCAGCGCACUCUGCAGCUUGCCAUGGCUCACUCACUUCCUGUGUUGCCAAGCUGAUCAGCAAUCAGUGCAGAAAUAGAUUUCCCCUGCAUUGAGAGCUGGGUGGGAGUGUGGUUUAAUUUCUUCCCUGCACUACAAGGCACUCCUAAUGCAGCCAAUAUCACUGUCCCCACACUGCUAAUAGUAACCUAAGGCACUUUGUCUACUUCAGAGCAUGGGGAUUAAAGUGAAUAUACAGCCCUGUGCACUGCCUGCCACACAAUUUGCCCAGUGGUAUGUGUCUCCAAAUGUCUGGCCCUGCAGAUGUGGCUCUAGGAGUGGUGGUGUUUGAGGUUGCCCACUCCUUAUAUUGUCAAGUUUGUUCCCACUGUAAUUUUACAAAUAAAAUAUUAUUUGAAAUCCUAUUUCUUAAGCUUGUAUUUAAUGUGUGGAAUCGGCCAGCUAAAUUCCUGAGGGCAAUACUUUAUUUUUCAGCUGGAUUUCGAUGGAAAUGAAGCACUCUGGGACAGAAAAUGAUUUGGACAAACCUAGCCUUGAGAGGUAUGUCUUUAGUCUGUUUGAAGUAAUUAGGAUUGCAAAACAUACAAUUUCUAGGGAUGGGGAUGUUCUUCAGAAUGUAGUUCAAAAGGAAGUGAUUUGUAUACUAAUGCAGUGUUAACUUCCUCCAAAGCCAUUGUUCUUGCUAUACUGCAUCUACACUUUCCUUGUUUAACUGAUGUUGGUAGCAAAAUAUAAGUGGGCUGGUUUAAGCCAGCUUUGCCUCUGUUUCUGCUAGUGCCAAGUAUGGGGAAAGGUGUAAAUACAGUUGCAGAAGUUGUAGUUGACAGGAAGGAACCAAUAGAAGUUGCUGAUGUGUCCCUUAGGGGUUAAUGCAAAGAUGUUAGAUUGUUGUUAGAGGAUGACACAAGAUUCAGUUCUAAAUCACAUGUUCAAGUACUAACAGUUUCUAAUUCUUGUCUUUGUAGUGAAAUCAGAGAACAACUUUCUCAGCGUUACAAAUUGAAUAAAAAUCACAUAACUGCUACGGUAUGAAUAGCAAUUUUUGCAGAUUUUCUGUCAUAUUUGGAUUCCUAUAGACAAUUUUGUGCUAGUAUUCACAUACAGUCAUACCUCGGGUUACAGACGCUUCAGGUUACGUUUUUUUGGGUUGCGGGCCACCGAAACCCGGAAGUACUGGAACGGGUUACUUCCAGGUUUCGGCGGUCGAGCAUGCGCAGAAGCGCUAAAUUGAGCUUUGCACCGAAUUGCAAGCCACGUGUGCGCAGAUGCGACGCUGUGGGUUGUGGACGCGGGUUGCAAACGUGCAUCCCGCACAGAUCACGUUCGCAACCUGAGCGUCCACUGUAUUUCUAAAAAUGGCCUUUAAACUUUCAAGAUAGAGGAGAUAUACUUGAACCCCAACGUUAAAUAUUUAAUUUUACUAUAUAAAGGACUUUCUGUUGUAAGUAUUUUAUAUUAAUCUAAAAAGCCCAGCUAAAAGCAAAAUAUAUAAUGAACUACUGAAGGGAAAACAUAAAAGAAUCGAGAAGGUUCAAGAGGGAGUCACCCAGAAUUCCCAAGAACAAGUUUUAGGAAUGGAACGUAUUAGGCUUCACAAGAAAUGUGCCUCUUUGUAGCUUCCACCUGUAAUUCCAUAGCCUGCUAAUUCAAGACGUUUUGUCAGUGUUUGUAUCAUACAGCUGUGAUAUUUGAACUGUUAUAUUAAUCUCUUUUAAUACAAGUUCUUGAAACAAACAAACCACUUGUCUUGAAGUGUAUGUUUUAUAUAUUCUGUAAGCUGCCCAGAGUGACCAGGGAAACCCAGCCAAUUGGGCAGGGUGUAAAUAAUAAAAUUAUUAAUAUUUAUUAUUAUUAUUAUUAUUAUUACUAUAGUACUAUUCAAAAAGAACAUGAUUUUUAAACUCCAAGAGAUUUCUAAAAACCUAACAAAGUCACAUUCUGUUCAUAUAUUUAUUUAUUGGUUAUGUGGAUCUAAAUGCUGUGUUUUCUUCAUCCCAGUAUGAAAAGCCUUUCGUUUUUAUCGAACUGAGACAAAAUGCUACAGAGAAAUCUGCCACAGAUGUAGAUAUAGUUGAUGUGGCAUACUAUUUUGAAAAAGAUGUAAGUAUACCAGUCCCUUUGUGCAAGGUAGAAUAGAAUGGUUCAUGUAAACUCAGUGCUUUACAGGCAACGACUGAUUUACGCUAGUCCAAUUUAUAUGCAGUUGAGCACAUGGGCAGUGUGGUGACCCGUAAGUGACCAGAAAAGGGGGCGGAACAGGGUGGGGACUUAAUAGCCUUGUGCGCGCUCCACCAAUGUGCCUGUGGAUCAGAAAUGUAACCCCACACCAAUCAGUAGUUGCCUGUAUUUCAAUGAUUGGAUAUUGCUUGGACUGCUUACUCCAAAAGAGGAAGUGUGUAACUAGUGCUUCUACUCUUUCAGAUCAAAGGGGACCCUUUGAUUGUAGGACCAAGACUUACCCUUGACAGUUCAACAGGACCUCUUCAAUCUAAUGAUGUUAUAAUCUACUACAUUGAUGACAAGGCACCAGAGUUCACAAUGCAACAUUUGAAUCCUGGUAUUAUUGCUGUGAUUGUAAUUAUAAUACUGGCCAUAGUUGCUGGUAUUCUUGUACUGGUAUGUUUUUCUAACUGUAUAAGAUACUUUAACCCCAUUCUUCAUGUUAAAAAUGUUCCAGAGUUGUGUAAUAAGGCAACAGUCACAGUAGCAGCAGAAAUAAAAUAGCCAGUUAUAAUAUAAUGGAACUUGGUAUCUGAAGUCUCUAUUUCAGCAGAGACUUGUACCAGAUGAACCUCCUUGGGCGAGUAUUCUGAAGGUUGGGGGACCUGAAGGGCCUCCUGGGAGGAUCUUUAAGGUUGAAUAACUUCAUGUAUUAUGUCCGAGGUAGUAGUAUUUUAUGUGGAAAUAGCUAUUCACUCCUGAAUAGGAUAAGAAUAAGUGAGGUAAAUACUUGAUCGUCAUACAUGCUAUAGGCUGAAUUUAGGUAAUAGGAAGCUAUCAUAGUGAGAACAAAUGCCUAGUUUGUUAAAGAAGCGGCAUGCAAACUUUUCGGAGACCAUAUCGUAAGUCUCUGUAACGGGCAGACACUGGUGUGGGUGGCUGCUGCUGUGAAAUAUGCUCAUUCCAGUCCAGUUUUCAUACCUUGGUCCAAAUUACAGAAAUAAAUGGAAAAAGGUGCUUAUACAGAGUUUGGAUCACUGGAUCAUUAUUCUCACAAUUGACUAUAUUGAUUGACAGUGGCUUUCCGGGCUUUCAUUCCAGGGGUCUUUCCCUGUCCUACCUGGACAUGCCAGAGGCUAAAUCUUCAACCUUCUGUAUGCAGUGCAUGUGCUCUACCACUGAGCUACUGUGCUUCCCACAGUGACCUGGCUUGCAGUGAUAAAAAUAAAUAAAUUCUUAUAGUAGAUGAGACUUGGUCCUGUGUGCACAUGAACCAAGACCACCCAUGAGACAGGGUGCAGCACCUCCCUCAGACAGCAGAAUCACAAUGGCUGCUUACAGAUCCACUCAUCUUUCCUGCCCCACUUGUGAAACACCUGAGUUUGAUGAGAAGCUGGAGCAUUCUGGUGGGACACUAUGGCGGGGUGUGGGGGCAGGAGGUGGCAAUUCCUAUUUUGUCUUAGGUGGUGAAACGGGCUGGGUCGCCCCUGCUUGCAGGUCUCAUAAGCAACAUGGACCUGACUGGCCAGAAGGUUUUAUCGUUUAGGGGACCUCAGUGAAUGGGACCUGGGAAGUCGUGGAUGUUGCAUUUGCAAAAACUUGGUGUAACCUGUUGCUUUCCCUGCAGGUCUUUACUAGAAGAAAGAAGGGGAAAUAUGAAAAAGCUGAGGUGAGUUUUAAAAAAUCAAAGGAACUGUUAAGAAUUUAAACAAUGGCAUAGAACGGUACUAUAAAAAUUCCUCUGAGCUUGUAACAUCUGAGGUGCAUAUUUUAUGGCUUAUUCUAGCUUCUCGUGGUUCAUAUUUUUUAAUCUUUGAAAUUGUUUUUAAUGUUGUAUGUAAAAUUGUUUUGACCUGCCCUUUGACCUUAGUGUGAAGAGUGAAUAAUAAAACAAAAUAAUAAUGAAAACUAUAAUCUAGCAAGAAAGUGAACAGGAACAAUUCUCAGGUUCUUACAGUAUCUAUUUGCUUAACUUGCCAUGCAAUAAGUUGCUGAAAGGUUCAUAUGCCAUGUUUGUAACAAGUAUGGCCAACAUUCUGUGUGUGAGAGAGGGAAUGUGUUUUGACAUCUAACAGUUUGGGAAGUCACUUAAAUGCUGCACACAGGAAAUAGUAUUUUCUAGAGAGCUUAGGAUCUGAUACAUACAUUGGCCCAGGGAAGAGGUUUUUUAUGUAGUAAAAACAAAACUGAAAAUUACAGCUUUCUGGAUUCUUCUGUAAACAAAUUCAGCCAAAAAGCUGAACAUAUGAUAUUAUUGGGGGCAGGGGGAGUUACAUUUAGCAAAAAUUAGUUUCUAGGCUGGUGACUGGUGUCCAUUCUAUUGGUAAUAUUAAUAAAUGAACAUGUUCUAAAGGCAUCAAAACUGAAAAGGAAUAAAACUCUUUUUUUGUGUGUCUUCAGGUAAAGGAAAUGAACGAAAUGCACAGAGAACUAAACUCGUAAUUGCUGUAACAUGAAAUAAGGAUAAACAUGGCAAAAGCAUGUAAACUGAAGAUUACCUGUAGAGACUUUUUUUUUGUUUAAAUACUUCCUUAUAGUUUAAUAAAAGGAUUACUUCAAAUUUUGACACUAGACUGCAUUUUGCUGGACUGUAAUCCAUUUUUUAAACAUUUUUACUAGUUGGGCAAGAUGAACGUCCUUUCUUUGUGUAAAAUUACUGAUGCCUUUUUGUUGGAUGUAUGUUAAAUAACUGUUUUGUAUAAACUUUGAGGUGUCUAGUAAGUUACUAAAUGAAUUUGGCCACCUUGCAUCUCUUGCAGAUCAUGGAAUAUAGUGUGUGUGGUUUUUUUUAAUGCUUGUAAAUAUUUUCCUUCAAAUUUGCUCUUUUUUUUACAAGUAAUUUUAAUAAAUUCUGAAAAUCUU